CUUUACAUCAACAAAUAGUGGGAUGGCUCUAUUCUUUCACUUUCACAUUAUCAAUGUUUUCAUGUUGAUUCACAUUUAAUACAAAGAGAUAAAUAAAUAAAUCUAUUGUUUCAUGGAUUUUAUAAUAUUUCAAGAAAGUUAGUCAUCUAACGCAACAUACUGUUUGUAUGAACUAUGGCAGAAGAAAUACCAUUUUCCAAACAGAUGCGUUUGGCAACAAGAGAGAUCCAUGCUCUCAGUGAUGCUCUUAUAAACGCCAAGCUGGCCUUUGCCAUGUCAGAUAACACCGUGUGGGCCGAGGGAUUGUUGAUGUUCUACGAGGUCUUCCGGUAUUUGGAGCAAGCAAUGGUACGGCUCAAGGACACUCCAAUCGCAGAGUUCCAGCUGGAAGGUCUGAUGAGGACUGAAGCUUUCCAGAAGGACCUGGCAUUUUAUCUGGGAGAAGAUUGGGGAAAGGAAUACUCUCCGAAGGAAAGCGUCUCCAAGUAUCUUCUCCAACUCAUGGAGAUCGAAAGAACUAAUCCUAUAUUGCUUAUGGCGUACAUCUAUCAUUUGUAUAUGGGGUUGCUCUCCGGAGGGCAGAUAUUGAGCAAGAAGAGGGCAUUUACAAAGAAGUUUCUCCUAUUUGGAAGCCAAGUCAAUGGAGGAGACGCUGUCACCGACUUUAGUCCACAUUCCAUCGCCAGUCUCAAGCGACAGAUCAGAGAGAAGACGGACAAUAUUGCACUGACAUUGGAUGACUCGAUUAGACAACAGUUGCUGGAGGAAAGCAAAAGGGUGUUCAUUCUGAACAACGCCAUGGUGAGAACUGUACAGAAUACCAAUGCUGUGAUUUUGAGGAAAGCAAUUAUUGUGUUGGUAGCUAUUGCUUUGUUACUGAUCCUAUUGUGGUUCUUCAGAACAUAAAUUCAUUAGAGGAUUAUUUUGACUUUUUGUCUUAUUUCUUUUAAUUUAAAGAAAAAUAUGUUACCAUUCUUGUUUUCAAUAAAAAAAAUGUAAUUAAUUUUUGUAAGAAUGUACAACUUUUUGUAUUUUUAUUAAUGUAAAUGAUUACCUUAUGCAACUGUUGUAGCUGUGUAUUUUUAUGUAUGGUAAUAAUUGUACAAAAAUAUACUUAUAUAUCAAGCGUU